GGACGAGCAGGAGCAUGGCAGAGAAUCUGGGGCUGGGCUUCGGGGAAAUGGCCAGUGUGGAAAUGCUGCCUGAGGAAGGCAGCUACACGCCCAAGGCCAGAGCCAGGCUGGCAGCCAGGAGCGGCGCAGGCUGGCCUCUCACUUGCUGCCUGGUGUCGCUCCCCAUCCUGGCAGGACUCACCACCUAUCUGCUUGUGGGCCAGCUCCGGGCCCAGGGAGACACCUGUGUGUUCCAGACUCCAAAAGGGCGGGAGUUUGGACCUUCACAUCAGCGAGCUUAUGCAUCUCCUGGAGCUGGUGGGGAUAAGCCAAGGGCACAUCUGACAGUUGUGAGACAAACUCCCACACAGCCCUUGAAAAGUCAGUUCCCAGCCCUGCAUUGGGAACAUGAACUUGGCUUGGCCUUCACCAAGAACCGGAUGAACUAUACAAAUAAAUUCCUGGUGAUCCCAGAGUCUGGAGAAUACUUUGUUUACUCCCAGGUCACGUUCCGAGGGACCACGUCUGAGUGUGGUGAAAUCCGCCAAGGGAGCCGACUGAACAAGCCAGACUCCAUCAUUGUCGUAAUCACCAAGGUAACAGACAGCUACCCAGAGCCGACCCAGCUCCUAAUGGGGACCAAGUCAGUGUGCGAAGUAGGCAGCAACUGGUUCCAGCCCAUCUACUUAGGGGCCAUGUUCUCCCUGCAGGAAGGGGACAAGCUGAUGGUGAAUGUCAGUGACAUCUCUUUAGUGGAUUACACAAAAGAAGAUAAAACUUUCUUUGGAGCCUUCUUGCUGUAAGCGCAAGGUUGACAUCCUUGGGUGAAGGUCCUCUGCCUCCAAGUUCUUAAUUUUCUUCCCUUGUAUGUAAUUACUUAAAAAGGAUUUUUUUUGGAGCAUUCCACAGGAAGAGUGGUUUAGCUAUGAAAUUUGAGGCACGAAAUCUCAUACUUAAUAUGCCUGACAGAUGAAAAUCAUAACCAGAAAAAGGCAGAACAGAAGAGACACGCGAUCAUGAUUGCCUGGAAAAGUGGUGAGUUUCUAAACAUUGGAACACUGAUCACCAAAUGAAUGGAGAUCUACUCAGAACAUCUCCUCUCCUUCAUACCACACGUUUGUCCCCAGCAGGUUCAAUAAUUGUACGAUUUGAUUAUGAAACAUCUGCUUCAGUUUAGGAACCAUGAACAAAAUCCAAAGCCCUAGAAAACAUAAAUCAUGGAAGAAAAAUCCUUCAUCGGUUUCCCCAAAUAUAUACUUUAAUGCCUUAUCUUAAAAAAAAAAAAUGAAAAGAGGGCUGAUAUUUCUCAUGAACA